AUGGACCCCAUCCUAACGCUGGCUACAGGCGGUCUGGGCGCAGAGCUGAGGUGGGCAAGGUGGAGCCCGGCCACCCCGACCGCGCCCGUCCCUUCGGCGCCCGCACCGCACGAUCUGCAGGGACCCUUGAGCUCCUCCCGAGGUCAGGCGGACGUGGAGCCGCGGCCGGGGAACAGGUGCCUUAGUCCCUUCCCGACCACUCGGACACGCGGCGCAGCCCGCCGCCCUCAGAGCCUGCGGGAGGGGGCGCGAGGUCCGGACACCGAGGGGAUCCGGCGCGGACCACAGCGCGUGGAGCUGGGCGGGCGCGGCGUCCGGAGAGGGUCCGGGCGGCUUUCGAGAGCUGGGGUCAUAUGCCGACCCCGCGCUUGGCCACCCGGCCCCGCCGGAUCCUCACCUGCGCGCUGCGGUCCCGCCCGCCUGCUUUCCCCGCGUGGAAGGCAGAGCCGAGGACCGAGUCCGCCCGCUGCGGCCCCGGGGCCGCCUGCGCAUGCGCAGCGACGCACCCGCGCCGCCGCACGUGACCGCCCGCCUCUCGCGGCAGGCCCCGCCCCUGGCGGUUCCCACGGCACCGCGGUCUCCUCUGCCUUUCUGGGGUCCCCACGCACGUGUCCCGAGGCGGAGGAGGCGCUUUCAGGUGGCUGUCUUUGGCGUAGUGGGAGGCUCCAGGUGCCGGCUUCUCCUGAGCCCGGGCUCGUGUCCUUCGGUCCGUCUGUCCUCCGCACCCGGGCCCGCACUACUCGGAGCACAGCCUCAGGCAGGACUGGCUGGCUGGUGACAGAGGGUUGGAAGCGCCGGGAGGCAGAGGAGCAGCGGCCACCCCUGCACGCCUGCCUUGGCUUGCCGUGCUGCCCUGCCACCGAGUCCGAGGCCUCCCAGGCUCACCUCCCGCCCUCGCUCACACCCCACGUUGCGUGUAUGGGGGCCCUUGGGGCCGUGGAGCUUCUGCAAGGGUCCCUCCUUAACCAGAUCAUAAAGCCACUCUUUUAUCUGAGCUUCUCUGAUCUGCUUCUGGGAAUUUGCUAGCUCAAUGAGGCACUUCUUUAUGGAAUUUCAACAGCCUAUAACCUGCAAGCAAGUGGGCAGAGCACAUCUCCACUGGUGGUAGAUUGUACUUGUCAAAUUGGUCAGAUAGCCUUUAUUUUAUCAAGCUUGGUACUUCUGCUGUUGAUGGUACCUGUGUUGUGUCUGGACAAUGUUAGUGAAUGUUUCUGUAACUUCACCCAAAGUUACAGGUGUAUCCUGAUGCACUCUCCACCAUGAGCCAUGGCUGGACGCUUGCCUUUAACUAACAUAUCUCUUUGCAGCAUACUUUGUUUUUAUGGUAUCACCAUUUUCCAGGCCAGCUUUUUACUUAGCCUCUUCACCAUCAUGAUCUUACUCAUUCAGACCCAGAUAUUGUAUAAGAAAUUUGUGAAAUCAACUGGCUUUCUGGGAAGUGCAUGGACAGGGAUUCACAUUGUGGAGCAGUGA